AUGGAAUUGGUUUCCACCAACGCUGGUUCGACUCUUUACGUUGGAAACAUUGACCAGAGAGUUACGAAAGAAUUGUUGUAUGAGCUUUUCAUGCAAGUGAGUCCCGUCGCUGGGAUCCGAUAUCCUCGGGACAGAGUUCUUCAAAACUACCAAGGUUUUGCAUUUGUCGAGUUUCACAACUCUGAAGAUGCCCAAUACGUUGCAAAAUGUAUGAACAACGUCGUGAGACUUUAUGACAGAUUGUUGAAAGUGCGAUUGUCCGGUAAAAAUUCCAGUUCCAACGGGGAUGUUCCGUUCGAUAUGGGUGCGAAAUUGUUUAUAAAAAAUCUGGACGAGCUGAUCGAUGCAGACUACUUGAAUAAACUGUUCACCAAAUUUGGUCCGCUUCUGGAACGUCCUGAGGUUUUUUACUUGAAAAACGGUAAAUUAAAGUGCGCUUUUGUGAAGUACACGACGUUCGAACACUCCGACAAGGCUUUAUCGAAAUUGAAUAACCAGAUGGUAAUGAACAAAGUAAUACAGCUGGACUACGCCUUGAAGGACGGCAAAAAAACCAAAAGCAUGGUGACGAAACAGAGAGAUUGCUGGACGGAGAGGCCAAACGACAUCUAUCAUCUACACGUUGAUCAUAAACAAGUAAAAAAGUAUCUCAUAAAACAUCAAAAACACCUAUCUCCAGGUUGCAGCUAUUGGCAGAUUUUCCUAGCAUCAAGAUACUCUUCAUAA